UUUCAAUUGCUUUACGCCGUCAAAGUACACAAGCGUUGCCAAAUAACGGAAGUCUGCACAAAGCGGAACCUUUGUUCCCUCGAAGCUCAAGGUGAAGCACGAGAAUAUUAGUGCGACGGACAAGCAUGGGCACCGGUGUCGUUGUGCGCCAGGUUCUUCGUUACGCUGUGAGAAACGCUUUUAGUCCGUUCCACUUUAGAAGAUGGCACUUCCAGCCUCUGUGUAUAAGCUGCCGAUUGUUCUGUUCCUCCGACAUCCAGACUAGUGUGCAGUCAGCACAACACAGUCGUGAACUCCAUCCUCUGUCUGGGAAGGCGGCCACAGAAUUAUCGCUCCACUCUUUACGUGACAUGGGAUUCACAGACAUCCAGGCACAACAGAUAUGGGAGUCUGUGUCGGCAAUCAGAGGAAGCAGUGCUGCCAAACAGGCAAUGUCAACUCUCACAGUUCUGUUCGGUUUGGGCCUCAACCCUUCCAGUGUGUUGAAGUUGCUGCAGAAGUGUCCUGAGGUUUACACCAUCAAAGACUCCCAGCUUCAAAAGCGCAUAGGGAACCUGCGGAAAGUAGGAUUAGUCGAAGGGAGUCUUCAGAGAGUGGUGGCCCAUUACCCACAGAUCUUGACCGUGCCUGUGAAGACGGUAAAAAACGUGGCGUUGUUCCUCAGAGAGAAGUGCUUGUUUACUUCCCAGCAGGUCACAGACAUCCUUAGAGACUGUCCAGCCAUAGUACACGAGGACCUGGCUCAGGUGGAGUACAAGUUCCAGUACGUCUACUUUAGGAUGGGUGUAAAACAGACGGAGAUGGUGAAGGCCAGGUUGUUCAGAAUCACGCUGGACGAGGUUCGCUGCCGACACUGUUUUUUGGAGCGCAGGGGUCUGUAUCAAACACCAGACAAAAAAGGACAGACGGCCAUCAUCAACCCUAAACUGGAAAGCAUCUUUAAGGCCGAUCAGGACACCUUUCUCACUGAAGUCGCCAAGGCGUCCAUAGAGGAGUAUGAUGUAUUUCAGAGACUGUUGGCAAAAGAAUGGCAGGAGGAGGAGCAGCUUUACGGCAACAUUGAAGCUGAAAGCAGUGAUUAUGAAGAUGAGGAAGAAGAUGAAGCUGAGCAGAGUGGAAGAAGUGGAUACAUAAAGCGGAAAAAGAAAUGACAUCUGAUGGUACAGAAACAAAAAAAAGUUUCCUUUGAACGGUUUGUUGUAACAUGUUUAUUUUUGUCACCUGGCUUGUUUUAGGUAGAACAUAAUGCAAAGCAGCAUGGAUCACUUGCUAUGGUCCAUCUGACCUCUCAGAGAUACGAGAUGCCUAAAAGAAUAAAUGUAAAACUAACAAGUCCUAAUGAGCCCUAAUGAAACUAGGUUUAAAACACCUUGGGUGAGUUAUAUUAUAAGGCAACUGCAUGAGGAGCAGUUAAUGGGAUGUCAAGCUCCUCCCUGUAACUAUGUUACAGCCAAGUGGCCGCAACCUUCGCCAUCACUCUAUUAUCUGUAUGAGUCAACACAGCACAUCAGAUAAGACCAGGAGGUGAUACAAGACACCCAUCGAUUUUUAGCAUUCAGCCUAAUGGAUAUGCAACACAGAGAGGUUUCUCUGUUCUGGGUGUCAGGUAAGAAAAUUCACCUUUGGUCAGUCAAUAACUAGAUGUGUCAGACCAAAAACCAUCUUCUGUGUUUGAGGCUUCGCAGAAACUUUACUGUCAUGUGUUGAAUCUGUUCUGUUUAACCCAAAUAUUCUCACUCAUUCAUGAAGUUAAAUUAUAAAAGUUCUAAAAGCAAAAAUCUUCCAAAAGUUCCAAAAGUGGAAAGUCAGUUACUAUAUGUGUCUUUUACUUUUAAAAAGUGAAAUUAGAACUGCAGCCGCUGCAUUUGCAUGCGCCUCUGCAUUUGCAUGCGUGGUCCAGGUAACAGUGAAGGGCCAUUGGAUACUGGAUACUGUUCAUUUUUACAUUUUGGCAAACACUAGCCGCUAAUGUCAACAACAAUCCAGAUAAGAAAUAAAGGAGAAGUACAAAAGUUGUUUCUACAUA